UUCGACUUCUAAAGAAUCUUGUCGAUAACAACUAUCGAUCAAUCACGACCAUCACCAACCACGCUCAAUUCACAGACCAAAAGCCGUUUGUCUAUUGUCUAAUAGCACGCGCAUACAAUCACGAAAUACAAACUCACGUUCAAGAGAACGUAAUAGUUGCAGACUCUCCAAUUCAGAAAUUAGGAGAAAACGAGACCUAGCUAUCGCAGUCUCAUAGGUACGUGUUGCACCCGAAACACACCACAACCAUCUUUUCGGGCGCACAGCAAAGUUCAUCAUGUCCUAUCCGCCUCCUCCAGGCUCCUCGUCCCUCCCACCGCGACCGCCACCAUCGCGCGUCUCAGGUUUCAAACCAGCCUUCUCCCCAGCCGCGCCGCCGUCCGCAACACACACCCCGAGUCCCGGCGCCGUCAGCGCCCCCCCCUACGCCGCACCCCCGGCCUAUUCCAGCGCCCCGAGCUACGCCAGUGCUCCCCAGUAUGGUGCCUCGUCGUACCAACCUUACUCGCGCCCGGGCUCCAUAGGCGGCGGCAGUUACCAGCAACCCGCGACUUCGUACCAGUACCCAGGGCAGCAGGGAGGUUACCAACAAAACUACUACAGCGGACCGCAGACUACAAGUGUGACUACGGCUACGAGCGCUACGUCUUACGGGGCCCCUCCCCAGAUUAGAAAUCCCUUUCCCGCACCGGGACAACCGAAGACCAACGAUGACUACGAUCCGGAUAUGGCAGCGCAGAUUGCGCAAUGGCAAAGCGCGUACGUGAAGGAUCCCGCAAAAGACAGUGGUGCGCCGACGGGUGCUGGAGCAGGAGCUGGGGCAGGACGGGGUGCAGGAUAUGGUAACAGCGCGUCGACGACGACGUAUUCUGCAGAGCCAAGCACCACUGCAGCCGCAACUGCCGCUGCAGCAGCGAACCCCGAAAAGAAAAAGACGGUCGUGCGAGCAGGCGGUGGACAGAAAUGGACCGACGACACCCUCCUAGAAUGGGAUCCCUCACACUUACGACUCUUCGUGGGUAACCUAGCAGGCGAGACGACAGAUGAAUCUCUAUACAAAGCAUUCUCCCAAUGGAAGUCUCUACAAAAAGCCCGCGUCAUCCGCGACAAAGUCACAUCCAAAUCGCGCGGCUACGGUUUCGUAUCCUUCAGCGACCCCGACGAAUUCUUCCAAGCAGCCAAGGAAAUGAACGGCAAAUACAUCCAAAGCCACCCCGUCGUCGUGCGCAAGAGCACCACCGAGAUCAAACCCACCACCGCCAAAGAUAACCGCAAUAACGGCCGAUGGAACAAAAACAACAAGAACAAAAAUAAGAAUCGCGGCGGUAACGGUUCAGGAAACGGAAAUGGAAAACGUGAGGGUAGUUUCGAACCUCAUUUAGGACCCGUGGGUGGUGGCGUGUAUAAGCCGGGUCAAAAGACAAAGGGUGGAUUGAAGUUGCUAGGUUAAGAUCAUGGGUCUAGAUUAUGGGAGAAUGGAGUAUAUACCCUAAGCAUCUUGUUUAUACCUACGCGAUCCUCGUACUAUUGUACUCAACUUGGGUACUAGGCGUCUGGGAUAUAUGUAGAUAAGACUGGAAGGCGUCGUCUUAGCAUUGCGAAGCAUACCAUUAAUAAAUAAUAAUGGAAGAAAAGCCUUUGAUGAUUAUGAAAUGCAACUUGUUAUUACAUAUCCUUCUAUACGAUAGCCUACUACCUGCCUCCUGUCCGAUUUCCUACACAAAUGGAAAAACAUAAGACAUUUUUAUAAUAUACAUCACAAUUUGAUAUCACUCAUACGCUUUAUUCCAAACUGAUAGAUAUAAUAUCUUUUCUAUUUGCAAAUUGGGGUAUCUUUCUUAUU